CGCUCGAGCUCCCCUCUCCUCUCGCACUUUCCCGGCGGCGGCAAUGCCAGGGCCCCCGCCAGGGUUGUGCUGGGCGCUACUCGUCCUCUUGGCUGCCUUGGGUCUGGGGCUCAUCGACCUCUCAGUGGUCGCUCAGGAGCCUUUCUGGGCGGAUCUGCAGCCGCGUGUGGCCCUCGUGGAGCGCGGGGGGUCGCUGUGGCUGAAUUGCAGUACCAACUGCCCACGACCUGAGCGCGGCGGCCUGGAGACCUCGCUGCGCAGGAAUGGAACCCAGAGGGGUUUACGCUGGCUGGCGCGGCAGCUGGUGGACAUCCGAGAGCCGGAGACCCAGCCGGUCUGCUUCUUCCGCUGCGCACGGCGCACACUGCAGGCGCGUGGGCUCAUUCGUACUUUUCAGCGACCUGAUCGUGUAGAGCUGGUGCCGCUGCCUGCCUGGCAGCCUGUGGGAGAGAACUUCACUCUGAGCUGUAGGGUCCCUGGCGCUGGGCCUCGUGGGAGCCUCACAAUAACUCUGCUGCGGGGCACCCAGGAGCUGAUCCAUCGCAGCUUCUCUGCGGAGCCACCUCGAGCGCGGGGCGCGGUGCUAACGGCUACAGUACUGGCGCGGCGGGAGGACCAUGGAGCCAAUUUCUCGUGCCACGCGGAGCUGGACCUGCGACCCCACGGCCUGGGGCUGUUUGAAAACAGUUCGGCUCCCAGAAUGCUCCGAACCUUCGCACUGCCUCCGGAAUCCCCGCGCCUCGCUGUCCCCCGGCUCUUGGAAGUGGGCUCAGAAAGACCUGUGAGCUGCGCCCUGGAUGGGCUGUUUCCAGUCUCGGAGGCCCAGGUCUACCUAGCGCUGGGGGACCAGAGACUGAGUCCUGAUAUCACCUUGGAGGGGGACGCUCUCAGGGCCACUGCCACAGCCACAGCUAGCGCAGAGCAGGAAGGCACCAGGCAGCUGGUCUGCAACAUGACCCUGGGGGGCGAGACCCGUGAGACCCGGGAGAACGUGACUGUCUACAGCUUUUCGGCGCCUCUCCUGACCCUGAGCGAGUCCAGCGUCCCGGAGGGGAAGAUGGUGACAGUAACCUGCGCAGCUGGGGCCAGAGCUUUGGUUACUCUGGACGGAGUUCCAGCUGCAGUCCCGGGACAGCCCGCCCAGCUCGAGCUGAACGCCACCGUGAACGACGACAGACGCGGCUUCUUCUGCAACGCGACCCUCGAGGUGGACGGGGAGAUCCUGAGCAAGAACGAGAGCACCGAACUGCGAGUCCUAUACGCCCCGCGGCUGGACGAUUCGGACUGUCCCAGGAGCUGGACGUGGCCAGAGGGCCCAGAGCAGGAGCUGCGUUGCGAGGCCCGCGGAAACCCAGCGCCCUCUGUGCACUGCGCUCGGCCCUCUGGCGAGGCAGUGCUGGCACUAGGCCUGCUGGGUCCUGUCACUCGCGCGCUUGCCGGCACUUAUCGCUGCACCGCGACUAAUGUCCAGGGCAAGGUGGUCAAGGACGUGACACUGACAGUAGAGUAUGCACCAGCCCUGGACAGCGUGGGCUGCCCAGAACGUAUCACAUGGCUGGAAGGAACAGAGGCCUCGCUGACCUGUGUGGCACAUGGGGUGCCACCACCUAACGUGAGCUGUGUGCGCUCUGGAAAGGCCGAAGUCAUCGAGGGCCUUCUGCGUGUGGUCCGGGAGCACGCAGGCACCUACCGCUGUGAAGCCACCAAUGCUCGAGGCUCUGCGGCCAAAAAUGUGGCUAUCACAGUGGAAUAUGGUCCCAGUUUUGAGGAGCUGAGCUGCCCCAGCAAUUGGACAUGGGUGGAAGGAUCUGGACGGCUCUUUUCUUGUGAGGUUGCUGGGAAGCCACAGCCAAGAGUGGAGUGCAUUGGCUCCAGGGGCACCAGUGAAGGGGUGCUGCUGCCUCUGGCACCCCCAGACCCUAGUGUCAGAGCCCCCAGCGUCCCUAGUGAAAUUGCUGCUGGUAUCUACACCUGCAACGCCACCAACCGGCACGGCUCCAUGGUCAAGAUGGUGGCUGUGAACGUGGAGUCACCUCCGAAAAUGAAUGAGUCCACCUGUCCGAGUCACCAGACGUGGCUGGAAGGGGCUGAGGCUGCUGUGCUGGCCUGUGCUGCCCUGGGUCACCCUUCCCCACAAGUAAGCUGCUCCCGGGAGGGUGCCCCCUGGCCUCAGCGGCUGCACGUGUCCCGACAGGAUGCGGGCACCUACCUCUGCUUGGCCACCAACCCGCAUGGCACGGAGGCUCGGACCAUUACUGUGGGCGUGGAAUACCGGCCAGUGGUGGCCGAGCUGGCUGCCUCGCCUCCAGGAGGUGUGUGGCCAGGCGGGAACUUUACCUUGACCUGCCGUGCUGAGGCCUGGCCCCCUGCCCAGAUCAGCUGGCGUGCACCCCCAGGGGCGCUCAACAUAGGCCUGUCAAGCAACAACAGCACGCUGAGCGUGGCAGGGGCUCUAGGCAGCCACGGAGGAGAGUACGAGUGCGCAGCCACCAACGCGCAUGGUCGCCACGUGCGGCGUAUCACCGUGCGUGUGGCUGGUCCGUGGCUGUGGGUCGCCGUGGGAGGUGCGGUGGGGGGCGCAGCGCUGCUGGCCGCAGGGGCCGGCCUGGCCUUCUAUGUGCAGUCCACUGCCUGCAAGAAGGGCGAGUAUAACGUGCAGGAAGCUGAGAGCUCCGGUGAGGCUGUCUGUCUCAAUGGUGCGGGCGGUAGCACAGGCGGGGGCGCCAGUGCCCAAGGUGGAACAGAACCUGAGGGCACUGCAGAGGCGCUGGUGGGGGACGAGGUCUUUGCCAUCCAGCUGACAUCAGCUUGAGCCCACUCCCCUCUCCCCGCAGGCCGGGGGACACCCCCCAGACACAUACGAGGGGCUUAUUUUUGUUCUAUUUAUUCAUUCCUUUACUUAUGUAUUCAACUCCAGGGCAUCACCCCCAUUUUCUACCCCCCUCAAUAAAAUUUUUAUA